AUGGCCAUAUACAAUAGCGUUUUCAACUAUAUAACACGUACCUCAUACGCUGCCUGCUCUGAGAAACUCCAAAAGGAACUUGAAGAUGCACGUCAAGAAUACGAACAAUCUGACCAUUUCUUCAUCCCUGAGGAUAUCAAAGAAAAAACCAUAACACGGGAUGCAAUAGUUCACGCCAUUCGGGCAGGGCAGUCAGCAAGCCAGCGACCCGAAAGACCGCAGCUGGUUGAUGAUGUCUAUGGAAAUGCAAAAAAUUUGUUCUCGAUAUUGGCGUACAUGAAGAAAGGCAGUGAGAUCCGCGACUUCAUGGACGAGGGAAUAUCAGAUGAGGAUUUACCUUUCGAGCGCUUACGAACAGGAGGCAAAGACAUGUUUUCUAUGCGGCGAAAGGAAGGACGGAAGAUAGAAACAUUGGAGCGAUGGAACCCCAAAGAUCGAGAAGAGCUCAGUCGAGUGCAGUGGUACAUGCUGUCACCGGUGUUCCACUCCAGGCAACAUUACAAGCUGCACGACAAUGUUGUCCGACCAUUUGUUGCUCUAAAUCCAGAAGAACGGGAACAGCAUCAUCCAACAGGAGGAGGCUACAGCAACGUUUUCAUAACCCGCAUCCAUAGCGCACAUCACAAAUUUCAUUCCAUCUGGCCCUCCACAGAACUCGAGCUGAAGGUUGCCAUUAAAGAGCUUUUGAGUCCGAAACGAGCUGAUUUUGAUAAAGAAAAGGGCAUACUUCUGGACAUCGGAAAUGACGGACACUCGCACCCUAAUCUGGUGAAACUCUUAGCAAGUUUUGAACAGAACAGGAAAUUCUACCUGAUUUUUCCCUGCGCAAAUUCCAACUUACGGGAAUACUGGAAUAACCGGCAAGGGCCAAUCUCAGAUAAGGAGACAAUUCUAUGGGCAUUAAAGCAAAUGAAAGGCAUUGCAGAAGCACUGGACAAGAUCCACAACUUCGCGGUCACCAUGCCUCUCGGCGUGGAAGGCGGAGUCCGCAUUCCCCAGGAUGGAGUGAAGCUCAGCGUUAAAAGGGGUGAAGAGAAGUUCGGUCGACACGGUGACAUCAAACCGGAGAACAUCUUGUGGUUCGAACAUGCACCCGGCUCCGACUCCGAUGGUCAAGCCGGAAUCCUUCAAAUUGCAGAUUUUGGCCUAGGUCGUUUCCACGGACGCGAUUCGCGGACAGAACCAUGGCCUCACAACGUGGUCGGCUCUCCCACGUACGAACCUCCCGAAUGCGAGUUACACUGCCCUGUUUCACGCGCAUACGAUCUCUGGGGUCUCGGCUGCCUCUAUCUGGAAUUUGCUACCUGGAUUCUGAUGGGGAACGAGGCCAUAGGGCAAUUCUCAACUUGUCGCGACCGACAAUCUAGCUUGUAUCCUCAGCUGACUGACGAUCACUUCUUCACUAUUAUACGAGACGAAUUCAACGGACAGCAGAAGGCUGUGGUGCGUGAAGGCGUGACGAAAUGGGUCUGUGACCUUCACGCCCACGAAAGUUGUUCGCAGUUUCUUCAUGACCUCUUGAAACUCAUUAUGGACAGCCUUCUCCAACCCGAUGCAGCACACCGAAUAGAGUCGAAGGAUCUUUGUUCUAAGUUCGAAAGUUUCCUUGUCAAGGCCGCUGAGGACAACUAUCUCUGCGCAUCUAAUCCAUGA